CCGGCCCCUGGUACCAGCUGAGGCUGCUGAAGCGAGCUGGUUUCCUGCCGCUGUGUGGGAGAAGUGUGUCGCCGUGUCACCUGGCGCAGCAGCUCCUCACCACUUCCUGUUCCAUUUCAUCUCGGCGCUGCAGACGAGCUCGCUUCACUUCGCCGCCGCCGCUGCAGAACCCGGAGCUUCAACAAGAACCGUAGCGACUGCUCUGAGAUGGACCGGACCCUGGUACCAGGCCUGCUGGUUCUGGCCUCGGCGCUGCCCUCAGCAGAGGCGCUGAGCAUCUCCGACCCGCAGCUCUGCUACAUCCUGGACGGCUUCCUGGGCCUCUACGGCCUCAUCAUCACCGGCAUGUUCAUCAAGGAGAAGUUCUUCAGAACCAAAGGAAAGGGAGGAGAGGACAACCUCUACGCUGGUCUUACCCGGCCCACCAAUGACACCUACGCACCUCUGAACCCGGAUCCAGAGAGACCAGAUAAGCGCAGGCAGAACCGCGUGAGGGAAGAUGACACGUACACGGGUCUGGGUCCACGGGCUGAUGCGACCUAUAAAGAACUUCCUGUUCGGAGCGGGCGCCAGAGGAAGAACGACCAGGUCUACCAGGGUCUGAGUUCGGCAACCAGAGACACCUACGACGCCCUGCAGAUGCAGCCGCUUCCCGCUCGCUAACGGGACGCGUUCCGCCCCGAUUCGUCCUCCAUGAACGCGUUUGAUCCUCCACG